UAUUUGGGUGUGAGCAAAAACACGCAGUUUUUGUGUGUGUCUCUUUAAAUGCAAAUGAGCUGCUGCUCCCGGCCCCCUUUCCAGAAGAGGGCGGAGCUUUAACAGCUCGCGCUUCGGUUGCUCAACAACAACAAAGCUGGAGAAUCUCACGCAGACAAAAUGAGGAUUGUCAGUAACGGUGUUCAGCCUUACAUUGUUCAAACCGGAGUCGACACUGAUGGAGAGACUCAGGAAGAAGUUACAACUUUUAGAAUGAAACUGGACGUUUCUGAAUGGUGGGUUUCUGAUCCCGUAUCUGCUGAUGUUGGUGCUGGAGGGUAUUCCUCUGUUCUGCAUGGAGCUGGCCAUCGGCCAGAAGAUGCGUCUGGGCAGCAUCGGAGCGUGGACUGCCAUCAACCCGUAUCUGGGUGGAGUGGGUAUUGCCAGUGUUGUGACCUCCAUAUACUUGUGUCUGUACUACAACGUCAUCAACGCCUGGAGCUUCUGGUAUCUCUUCCAUUCAUUUCAGUCAGUGCUGCCCUGGGCCGAGUGUCCCGUCAACAGUAACCGGACGGGGUAUCUGGAGGAGUGUGAGGUGGCUUCACCCACACAGUACUUCUUCUACCGCGAGACGCUGAACAUCUCGUCCUCCAUCGAUGAGAACGGAGGCAUUCACAUGGGCCAGGCGUUGUGUCUCCUGCUGGCCUGGAUCAUAGUCUACCUGUUCAUCGUCCGAGGGGUCAAAUCAACCGGAAUGGUCGUGUAUUUUACAGCUACGUUUCCAUAUGUGGUUCUGAUCAUCUAUCUGAUCCGUGGUGUGACUCUUCAUGGAGCCUGGAACGGAGUGAAGUACAUGUUCACGCCCAAGCUGGAGCAGCUGGCAAACCCUCAAACAUGGAUCAACGCUGCCACUCAGAUCUUCUUCUCUCUGGGUUUGGGCUUCGGCUCUUUGAUCGCUUUCGCCAGUUACAACCACCACAACAAUAACUUUGAGAGGCAGGCCGUCGUCGUGUCACUCAUCAACAGCUGCACGUCUGUGUUCGCCAGCAUCGUGACCUUCUCCAUCUACGGCUUUAAAGCCACGUUCAACUACGAAAGCUGUUUGGAAAGGAUGAGGCUGUUACUGCUCAACACCUUCGAUCUGUCUGAGGAGACCAUCAGCGUUGAGAACAUCAGCUCUUGGAUCAGUCAUUUGAACUACACUCAUCCUGAGAGGUUUGCGGCUAUCGCUUCGAAGAUCGAAGACUGCAGUCUAGAGGCUGAACUGGACACGGCGGUGGAGGGCACCGGUCUGGCGUUCAUCGUGUACAGCGAGGCCAUUAAGAACAUGCCUCUGUCUCAGCUCUGGUCUGUGCUCUACUUCAUCAUGCUGCUGCUGUUAGGGAUGGGGAGCAUGCUGGGAAACGUCACGGCCAUCAUCACCCCGCUCGGAGACCUCAAGUUUCUGUCACGCACCCUCAGCAACGAGACCAUCAACGGUCUGGUGUGUCUUCUCUGUUUUCUUCUGGGUUUCGGCUUCACCAGCCGCUCGGGCAACUAUUGGUUCACCAUCUUUAACGAAUACGCGGCGACAUUUUCUUUGCUCUUCAUCGUGUUCAUUGAAGUCGUCAGUGUGUGUUACAUCUAUGGACUGAGACGGUUUGAAAAAGACAUCGAGGACAUGUUGGGGCAUCGGCCGAACUGGUACUGGAAGGUGAUGUGGGCCGUUAUCAGUCCGGUGCUCCUCAUCAGCCUCUUCAUCUUCUACAUCAUCAACUACAUCCAGGGCGGCACACCCACCUACCAGGCCUGGGACAAAGAUCUGGGUAAGUCUGUGGUGAAGGAGUAUCCGGUGUACGGUCAGGCCUUCAUCGCUCUGCUGCUGUUGUCGUCGGUCAGCUGCGUCCCGCUGGCGGCUCUCUACGCCCUCUGUAGGAGGAAGCAGCGAGGAACGGCGAUCCGUCAGCAAACCGUCAGCACUGCGUCCUCUGACAUUUAAACUCAAAGACUCUUGGGAAAUGGACAUGUUUGGGACCACAGAGGCCAGAGCAAAAUUAUUUUUAUUUUGUAAGCUGUAGAAAUAUAUGAACAUUUUCAGCUUUUGGUUGGUUGUACAAUAGAGUUAGUUCUGAAAACUAGUCAUUAGGACUAAAACAUUUUUACAUUUACAUUUCCAACAGAAAAUAUGAAAAUCAUGUCUGGUAAUGAUUAAGGAUGCUUAGAAAAGGACUGUUUUACAUUAUAUGAACAGCAGAUGACUAUCCAAUCACUGUGAACAUCAAAUAUAACCGUAUAAAAAUGUGUAAAACUGUGUAAAUAUCUUUUUACAUCAGAGCUUGUGAUAUUUUAGUAGUAAAUACAAUUUUUGUAAAUGUCAAAUCAAUAUUUUAUACGACUAAUUACCAAAUGAGUGAAUGUUUUCCCUGUAUUUCAUUAUUUUUUGCUCUUGAUUUAUAUAUAUUUAUAUACAGUAUAUCUUUAUAUAUAUAUAUAUAUACUGUAUAUUAGUGCUGUCAAAUUAUUAAUCGCAUCCAAAAUAAAAGUUUGUGUUUACAUAA